AUGGGAUUAUUUUCAUUAACCACCAACACAACAAUAACUAACAUACAAUGGCAUACAUAUCCAAUUUUUCUGUUUCUAUUAUUACUAUGUUUAUUUACUAUAGUAGGAAAUUUGUUAAUAAUAUAUCUUAUUAUUCGUGAAUUUACAUUACAUACAUCGAAAUAUUACUAUAUUGCAUCAUUGGCACUUGCUGAUCUUUUAGUUGGUUUAAUAGUGAUGCCUUUUGCAUUUAUAUUUACAUUGACAAAUGAUGAAUAUUGGUUGUUUUCACAACAUAUGAGAUUUCUAUGUGAUUUUUGGCAUUCAAUGGAUAUAUUUGCAUCAACAGCAUCUAUAUUAGGACUGUGUACUAUUGGAUUAGAUCGAUAUGUAGCCAUUACAAGACCAAUGAAACAUCUAAAUUCAUUUAUAUCAAAGAGAUGGUAUUAUAUGGUAUCAUUUAUAUGGAUAUGUUCAGCAGUGAUAUCAUUUCCAGCAGUAAUUCACAUUGGAACAGAACAAGUAUCUUCUCGACAACCAAUUGUAUCAAAUCACGAAACAUCGAAAGAAUGUGAAUUUCCGAAUAAUCCGUAUUAUGUAUUAUUCACAACUACCGUAUCAUUUUAUUUACCAUUCAUCAUUAUGAUUUAUGUCUAUAUUAAAGUGUAUUUGGCAGCUAAAAAACAAGCUUCAGCACUUCGUUCAGGUUACAAACGUCAACAUUUGAUUAAAUCAAAAAAAUCAUGCAUUCCAAAAUUUCGUUUAAGACAAACUCUAAUUGAGAAAGGAUCAAAAAUAAAAAAACGAGUGAAAAUCUCUAAUAAAAAUGUACAUAAUAAAUCAAAUGUAUUAUUACAGAAUCCUAGAGUGUCAAUUGAAUUAAUAACACUUCGUAUUCAUUGUGGUUCAUAUCAACAUCCAACCCUAGAAUCAAUCAAUCAGAAUCAUGAACAUGACAAUACAUUUGUUAAUAAAAUUCUAAAACAAAAUAUACAUAGAAAAAAUUUGUGGAGACAAAUUUCACAAGAUCAAAAGGCUACUAAAUUUAUUGGUAUUGUUAUGGGUGCAUUUAUUGGUUGUUGGUUACCACUCUUUGUUUAUCUUUUAUUGAAUGGUGUUUUUGGUUUACGUUUGAAAGAUGAUCAAAAUCAUCAAUUAUUAUUCAAUAUACUUACAUGGCUAGGAUAUACAAAUUCGGCAUUGGAUGUUCUUGUUUAUGCUUUUACUUCUAAAGAACUGAAAACUUUAUUUUUAAAUACAAUGAUCGAAAUAAAGUCUAUUAAAAGUUUUAAAACAAUUCAUCAGAAAACGAUAUUAAUUAUUUUAGUUCGAAGUGGUUUAAGUCCAUACGUUGGACAAUUAGAUGUGACAUUAGGUAACCAGGCUCGUGAUGGAGAUUUGCUGAAAAGAGCUGAUACUCAAAUAACUCCUACUGUUCAAAUCAACUUGAAAACUGAUUCAAAAAUGUCCUUUUUUACAUUAGUUAUGAUUGAUCCUGAUGCACCUCGGCGAGGUAAUGAAGUAGCUGGUCCAUGGCUACAUUGGAUUAAAGCUUCAUUCAAAGGAAACAAUGUCAAUAGUGGCACAACUCUCGCUGAUUACCAAGGCCCAGCACCACCGGAUGGCACUGGUCCGCAUCAAUACAUUAUCUUAUUGUACAAAUCAGCCAAUGGUCAAGUAGCUUCCGGCAGUGGAACCAUUGGUGUAAGUGACUCGAGCAAACGCAAACAAUUUCAAUUACAAAAAUUUGAGAAGAACAAUAAUUUUAAGUUGGUAGCUGCUACUUCGUUCAUUGUUAGAGCUAAAGAAACGAACAAAGAUGGAAAUCUUUGA